AUGGCAGCCGUGUCCAGUUCUCAGCUUCCUAAGAAGCGGGAACUGCCGAAGCUGAUGGCAUGCAUGACGAAGAAUAGUGUGGAAAAUAUGAGGAACAGACUUAUAUUUGCUAUGGAUGCACUAGACUCUAAGGCAGUGAGGAGGCGUAAGUUACCACUCCACGAAUGUCUAAUGCUGGAGCUCCGAGAGGCUGGAUACCGCGAAGCCGCCGAGUACCUACAAGACCUCCUAUAUGAUAACAUGCAGCUGGUCAUGGAAGACGAUAUAGGGAUUAUAGUGGACCUGACGAAGAGACCUGACUACUUGGAGCAUAUCGGUGCUGAGCUGCAGAAGGCUGAGAAAGAAAGGGAUAAAGUCAGCUGCAGAGAAUAG